CAGGAAGUACAGGCCUAUGCUGAUGAUAACAGUCUACUGUUCAUGGAGACUUCAGCCAAGACUGCUAUGAAUGUCAAUGAAAUCUUCAUGGCCAUAGGUAAGGGCAACUGUCUACCUAGUGAGUCCCAACUUACUCCAAGCACUAUAGAUAGGCCUAUAGUCAUCAUCAAUAGUCAUAUGUAUGAUAAUUCUAUGGAUUUAUCACAAUAGUCUGAAUAGACCUCCACCGUUACAUCUUUGCUACUUUGAAAAGACCGGUAUAGGGUGAAUUCAAAAUGGCAGAUGCCAUUAUUUAGCAGACAGUCAAGAACAACUUAGUCUUACAGUCAAGAUCAACCAAUAAAAUGCAAACAGUAUAGGAAUUGGCUUUCAGCUACUAGGUAUUGGCUUUCCAGAUGGAGAGGAAUCCACUUUAUAUAAUUAUUUGACCUUUUACCUAAAGGGUUUUUAGCUAUUCUUGUGCUGCAUUCAAGUGCUCCUCUGAAAUGGGAAAUUCAUAACAUCCAGACUAGAAAUCCCGGUGUUACCUGAGUUUCCCCACCCCCGUAUUUUAGACUUCGGAAGCUCAUAAUGAACGGUUUUGGACAACAGAAAUUCCAGUAGCUGUUCCUUCCUAGUUUCCCAUUUGGGAUGUUCCGUGUCUCGGAUAAUUCCAGGACCACACGGAUGCAGCAUUAAUGCCCACUCUACUCUCUGUCCUUAUAGCCAAGAAGCUGCCCAAGAACGAGGCGCAAGGUGGAGGCGGGGCAGGGGGCCGGACCAGGACUGGAGUGGACCUUCAGGAGCCCGCCCCCCAGGGCCGCAGCGGCCAAUGCUGUGGCGGGAGCAAUUAGCCGAUAGCCAAUGAACUGACCAAGCGAGCCCAGAACACGAAUAUUGUCAAGACGACAACGGUUCACGGCAUAGAGAGGAAUGACGCGGGAACCGUUCUCACCGACCAUACUUAAACUGAGAUUAACAGCCGAGCUGAUCUGUUACCCCCCCCC